AUGACUUGGCGGGUCCGUGGCCGCACCACUAACCGCCUCCCCGGCUGCUUGCAGACGGCGGAGUGCUACCUGUUACCCACCUUCUCCGCGCUGGAGGCCGGCGACACGCCCUCCUUCGCCGAGCUGCACGCGCUGCAACAGGGCGGCCUCGCGCCCGACUGCGUGCCCGACUACCGCCGCCACGUGCCGCCGCUGCUGCCCGCCGACGACGACUCCGCCUCCUCCUCCGACACCACCCCCUCCGCGCCCUCCACCCCCUCCGCGCCCUCCACCUCCUCCGCGCCCUCCGCGCCCUCCACGCCCUCUGAGCCCGACAUCGACGUACCGCUAUCAUUCGGCAUCAAAGCCGUAGAACAUUUACCAGCACGCCCCUCCCUGUCUCCCUGCAUAUCUCAUUCUUCCCCUCCACUCCCCAAGCCGGAGCAUCGAUUCACCCCGCGAUGCAACCCGCCCCCCAGACAUAACAUAGCUUUCCCGCCGAUGUACGCGCCGCCCGCCCCACACUUCGGCUAUGUCCCUCCACCGGCACCGCUUUUUGUUCCAAACACUAUGGAACCGUCGCGUCCCUUCAUGUAUGUGCCUCAAAUACCCAUGCCGUAUGGUAUAGAGAACAAGCAGGAGGGGGUGUCUCUGUCGGCCGCGGACUGCGAGGCCUUCACGCUGCUCAGCAGGGUGGACCCCGCCGCCGCACAGCGCUUCAUGCUCGAGGCGAUAUCCCGCGCCACACGCGGGCCCCCUCGCACAGCCCACAACCCUGUCGCCACCCCCAAUCCGUACCGAAACCCCUCUCCCCAUCCGAACGCUUUCCCCAAAGUGCCGACGCAAUCCACGAGCUCGCUAAACCCCAACGCGGUAGAGUUUAAGAUGGUGACGACGGAAACACAAACAGACAGUACUUCCUUGGUCAGUUCCCUCUCGUACGGCAGCCUGUCGCUAGGCGAGAACGGCGCCGUGCGGCCGCCGCCUGGCUUUGAAAAU